CAGAUGCUCUACGGCUGACGUCAUCCUACAGGAAGCCGCAGAGAUAGGAGUCGGAGCCGCAGCCGGUCCGCCACUGUCUGGCUGCUCGCUGGGAGGACAGGCUCCGACUCCGAUCCGCUCCGCUCCGGCUCCGCUGGGAGGUGAAUAUGAGCAGCUCAUUGCAGAAUGAAACCCUUAUGGUGGCAGAUGAUUACAUGAAGUUCUGCAUCGGAAUCAGCAGCACACCUCCCAGUGAGUCAGCUAAAGCAAUGCGAUGCCUGGCUAAGGAGGUGGAGAGCAGCCAGGGUCCCACACUGCGUGCUCUAGUGCAGACGUUCCUGAUUGCCUGUGGCGCUGACCCCUGGACCGGUCUGAGGAGCGUCAUGCUCGAGCUGGUUGGAGAUGGAAGGUUGAACUGGGGCCGGGUCAUCUCACUCUUUGCCUUCACGGGAAUGCUGGCGAGCGAACUGUGUUCCAGGGGAGAAGAUGUCAGCUGCAGCAGACGACUAGCGGAGAUGAUGGUCGAUUUUCUCAAUGGAGAAAAACAAGAAUGGCUGAUCCAAAAUGGAGGCUGGGGAGGAUUCACCAAUUUUGUCCACACUGCAAGACCAGCAGAUCAAGAUUCAUCCAUGAGAAAAGCUCUCUACGCAGCUGCAGGCGUGGGGAUUGCUGGGAUAACCUUUCUCCUCGUACGCUAGUUAAAGAUAUUUCCUUCUCAUGUCAUUCAGAAAAAUGUUCUUCAUGAAAGAUGUUUCAUCAUGGUUUUGUUCAUUUGUUUAUGUACAAGACCAUUUACAUGAACAUUAGAAAUUACCUGCAUCUUGGUGGGUUUAUCUAUGUCAUAUUAUGACAUCAUUACCAUUACAGUUAUUCAGGGGUUACAUAGACAAAGAGAGGUUUAACAAAACAGAAGACAAACUCCAUUCUGGCCAAGUUUGACUGUGGGCUUGUCAACAAAGUGUCUAUGCUUUCAGAUCAUUUUGUAUCAUGGAAGAAAAACAAGAUUUUGGUUAUAAUUUUAAUUUAUUUUUUUAAGCGUAGCCAAAGUGGAUUUUUAAAACUGACCAGUUUUAUUUUUUUGGAACAGUUCAUUACUUCUGUCAGUUUCUGCUUCCAUUCUGAAAUGGUUUUAGAAAAAUAAAACCUCAUCCUACACCCGCAGAAAUUCCUGUUUCUCAAAAAAAAGUGCUUUUCCCUUUAAAAACGUGACUGUGGUAUGAAAUGUCACAAGCUUUGGGCUACAGUGAUGUUGCAGCCUUUCGGUGGUGCCACUUACAACGUGAGUGUCUUACGGCAAGAGCGCGGCUGGGGCAUGUUUACAGCCAAGCGGGUGGUGCUGAGGUGGGUGCUGUUAGGUGAGUGCUGCAAUAUGGAUGGUGAGUAUUGCCUUAAGUCCCUCUGGUACCUAUUAAUGUCUCUUCAUGUGUCAGGGGAUUUACACACCUGCUCUGGUGUUUUUUUUUUUUAUUAUUACUGUAAUAUUUGUAUUUUGAUCAGUACAAUUUUUAAACUGUGGCAUCAUUAUUUCUAUGAUGUCAUAGCGGUGGCAUGGUGUCCAAAGUCAGGAGUGCAGGAAACUGUGUUUCAGUGACGCUGGUGUAUUCUUUGACCAGUCACCAUUCUGGACACACCAACUGAAAAUCAUUAAUUUUUCAAAAAGAUAACCUCGACUGCUUAGGGUCGUUAUGUAGUAAGGAUUAUCUUGUGAACAAGGAAAGAGAUGGAGUGCUGUGACAGAUGACCUAGCCCCCACAAUCCCCCGACCUGAACUCUGUAGAGCGGGUUAGGGAUUGGAUCAAAGAUUGGAUUGGAUCAAAUAGUAGAAGCAAGGUAGCCAACUUGUGCACAGAGCUUGUGGAAAGUCCUUCAGGCAUGUUGGCGAAACUAGUUUAUCUGUAAGCUGAUUGAAAGAAUGUCAAGAGUCUGCAAUGAUGUCAUCAAAGCCGAAGGGGAUUAUUUUGAAGAGUCUGAAAUUUGAGAAAAUUUUGAGAUGUUCAAGACUUCUUAGUCGUUGCAGUGUGUGAUGUGUAUUACUUCUUUGCCUCAAGGCCUUUUAAAAUAAGGUGAAUAGCAUAACUUAUACAAAGACAAAUGCAUUAAAGCAGGUGUGUUCAGA